CAAUGGAUGCGACUUCCAAAAACCUCAGUGCAAGUAGCUCACAGGAAGACUUCACCAUAAUCAGAAUCAAACGCAAACGAAGUGAGGAUGUUCCGGACGUGCUUGUUGUCGAUAAGAAAGGCUCCAAGAGGAGAAAAUCGGGUUUGAACGUGUUCCAAUUCGCGGAGACUGUCGAUGAGGCGACAUGGAGGCGGAUUGAACAAGAGGAGUUGAGAAAUCGUAUUUCUUCCUUAUCGAAAUCAGGUCCGAAAACUGGCCAAAAGCGUAAGGAGCCUACAAGUCCUGUUGCCCUGAGCCGGCAGACGAGCAGUCAAACGAAUGGAACGGCUCGACAGUAUCGUGUCGUCACUCAGGAGACACCACCCAAACGCCCUUCACGCUUUUACCCUACACCUCCGAAAGUACUUUCUUCCAAAGCAGUAGACAAAGCUCGAUCGAAAAUCCGAAUCUAUGAUGCUGAAUUAGCGUCCGACGAGGCGGGCACUACGGUUGAUCCGGAGAUGGAGAAGUUUCAAACACUCUUACAAGACUAUCUGAAAGUUCACGAUGACAUUCCAAGCAAUGCGGAAGAGCGUCGCACUGAGGGAGCUUCCAAUACACGGACUCAAGUGACUCCAUCGACUCCCGGCGAUUAUGUAUACGACAUCUUCUACCAACGUCCAUCCACCUUAUCGGAGCGUGCGGACCUGGCAAACAUGGCGACUUUAACAGGCCUUCCUCCUGCCUUCGACGAAGACGAAGACUUCGGUUCGGAAUCGGAGGUCGAAGAUGAAGCGGAUGAAGACUCGAAUGCGGAGGAUUUCUACAAAAACGAUUACCCAGACGAAGAAUCUUCAGCAUCGCAGAGCGAGGGGAGUGAUUUAUACUCUGAAGAUGAAUUUCAUGAACCUACUCGUUUUGAAGCAGACGACUAACGCUUUUUCACCUUAACUCUCCCUUGCGCUGCUCUCAGAUUGCUCACGAUAUAUCCGCAUGCUUUUUUUUCGGCAAUUUUAGGACUUCAUCCUCUUAACAUGCAACACAUGCUCAACUGUAUAUC